AUGGCGUGUCUGGGACUAUGGUGUAAGUUCGGCGAGUACGUCAACUACAUGUGCCAGUACAGCAUGGUUGGCCCUGCUCAGAAGGCCGAUUUCGGCCAAGCAAUGUAUCUAGCCAAACAACGGGGUAUUGAGGAUUCUUUCCAGGAUAUCAUGCUCGCUUGGGUACGUUUCAAACGACAGCGAAGAAUAAACUCAUGUAAGAAUAUAAACCUGGUUGAGAGUCUGAUCCAUAGAUCCUCAGGAGACGCUCCAGACGUUGAUCCUCAGAAGCAUGCCACUACCGAUCAACAGCCAUACAACCAGGAACGCGAACGUAUGUAA